UUUCAAAACGUAGAAUUAAGAAUCAAAAUCGAACCAUCGCAACACAGUACUACCUCGCAGAACAAAACUUUUCACGGAUUCCGAUAGAGACCCCAAUCACUUCCAGCACCGAAACCAAUACGCACUGUGUACUCAACAACAUGCCAUCGAAAUACAACCAGCUCCUCGAACACACCAUCGUCGUUGCCGAUACCGGCGACGUCGACGCGAUCGCUAAAAUCAAGCCCCAGGACGCCACCACGAAUCCCUCGUUGAUCACCAAGGCGGCCGUCAUGCCGGAAUACCAAAAGCUCAUCGAGGAAGCCGUCGAAUACUCCAAGGGCGACUUGUCCCUUGCCAUGGUACGUGUCUCUUAUUGUAUUGUAUACGAAACCAGUGGCAGCACAGUGUGUUGUGUUCCAAUGCCUUGUUGCGUUCCACUGUUUCGUCGACCGGUUGUCGAUCCGUGCGGURUGCAAUCCACGAAACUUGUUUCGGCAACGGUCGUCUGUCGCUAACCUUCUGUCCGUCCGCCCGCCCGCCUGCCGUGUCACACAGGACAAGGUCUCGGUUAAUUUCGGAAUCGAGAUCACCAAGAUCGUCCCCGGGUACGUCUCCACCGAGGUCGACGCCCGCCUCUCCUUCGACACCGAGGCGACCGUCGCCAAGGCCCGCAAGCUCAUCGAUCUCUACAAGGAACAGGGUAUCGACAAGUCCCGCAUCCUCAUCAAGAUCGCCGCCACGUGGGAGGGAAUCCAGGCCGCCAAGAUCCUGGAAACCGAGGGCAUCACCUGCAACCUGACCCUCAUUUUCUCCCUUGCACAGGCCAUUGCCUGCGCCGAGGCCGGCGUGACGCUCGUCUCGCCCUUUGUCGGCCGCAUCAUGGAUUUCUACAAGGCCGUGGAACUCAAGAAGGACCCGGCCUUUGCCGGCUUUGCCGCCAAGGACGAUCCCGGCGUCGUGAGCGUGACGCAGAUCUACAACUACUACAAGAAACACGGAUACGACACCAUCGUCAUGGGCGCCUCCUUUCGCAACACGGACGAGAUCCUGGAGCUGUGCGGGUGCGACCGGCUGACGAUUUCGCCCGGCCUCAUCGAAAAGCUGCAGGCCAUGGGGGAGGACCCCGUCGAGAAGAAGCUCGACGCGUCAAAGGCGAAGGAAAUGGACAUUCCCAAGAUCGACGUCGACGAGAAGACCUUCCGCAUGAUGAACUGCUCGAACGCCAUGGCGACCGAAAAACUGGCGGCCGGCAUCCGCGGGUUCGCCGCCGACAUCGAAAAGCUCGAGGCCAUCAUUUCCGACAAGAUAGCGAGUGCCGCCAAGAAGCGAAAGGCCGACGAGGUGUGAACACGAACCGAAUGAAACAACGGAAGGCCGAUCAUGCUUCGCGGGAACGCAGGCAAAGCGUCGCCACGAAGCAACGGGAAAUCAAAUCGCACCGAGCAAGGGAACAGUGCAUUCCGUGGUUGUACGCAUAGAUAAGUUGAUUAGAAGAAAGAUUUAUAACCUAACUUGCGGUUCGUUGCAUACGGUGGGAACGGUACAUACAGUACAUUGUCACACGGAGGAUCAAUUGCUUCGAAGGAUUUCACCCGUAGUGUGCUUGCUGCAUAGCAUGGAGUUCGAGAUUUUCACACCGCGACAGUGAACGAGAUACUGUGUGGCGUCUACCGACAGUCUAGAUACCUGUUUGUAACAAAGAACAAUCGUUCCCGGUACAAUCGCGGCAACAUUCAAAGAGCAGGCAAUGGUAGUCAAAGAUA